AUGUCUGUGUCCCUGUCCAGCAUCCCUGUAGUGCUGAAGGACACGAGCUACCACGCCGGCAUGCUUAAAGCCAGUCCGGCUCGUGGCUUCUUCCCGAGCCCCCACCAUCACCACCACCCUUACAUGGACUUCUUCCCCCGGACUCACAGCCUCCUUCACCCGCUCAAAUCCCUCGGGCGUCUCGUCUCUGACGCUCAGGGUUCCCUGCCGCUCAGCCUCCACGGAGGAGCCCCACAGUUCCCUCACCACGCUUCAGUCCUGCACGAGCACAUAUUAAACGCUUCAGGUGUGCCCUACCUGAGCCUACCAGGGCAACCGCUGCACUCCAAACCGGAAGAGUUGGCAGCGGUGGUGACGGAGCACGCGGCUGGUCCGCUGUCCUCUGACUUUAGCAGCCCGUCCAGUGAGAGGUCCUCCUCUACCUCCUCUUCCUCACCUCCGAAAGAGACUGUAUUUCGGCUACGGAAUGCAGAGCCAUCCCCGGAGAAGACACGUACCUGUUUUAAUUUCAGCGAGGAUGAUUUAUUCAUGGUGCUGUACGGUUAUUCUGGCAACCAGGACCGGAACGUGGGUCACGCGAUAUCAGGACUGACACUGCCGGAAAAGACAGUUUCUGACUCCAACAUACUUCCACUCGACAAAGAGGCGCUUGAUCUCCCUGAAGGAUUAACUAUCAUCCAGACGGCGUGGGGAAACGUCACACAUCGUGGGGUUUUCACUGACAAAAGCAGCAUCCCUAAAGGCACGCGCUUCGGACCUUUCCAGGGAAAACUAGUCAACACGAGCGAGAUUAAAACCUACGAUGACAACACCUUAAUGUGGGAGGUUUUUGAAAACGGCAAAUUGAGUCACUUUGUGGACGGCAGAGGAGGCUCAGGAAACUGGAUGUCUUUGGUGAAAUGUGCCCGCUUUCCAGACGAGCAGAAUCUGAUCGCAGUGCAGGUGCAGGGUCAGAUCUUCUACGAGGCCUGCAAAGAGAUCCGGCCAGGGCAGGAGCUGCUAGUGUGGUAUGGGGACUGCUACAUGCAGUUCCUCGGCAUUCCUCUUACUCUGAAAGACCCCAGCGAGGAAAACAACGUGAUCUCCACUACAGAAGAUGCUGGUGAGGGAUUCAAGUGUGACAGAUGCGGAAAAGUGUUCGCAUACAAGUACUACAGAGACAAACACUUGAAGUACACACGCUGCGUGGACCAGGGUGACAGAAAGUUCCCCUGUCACCUUUGCAACAGAUCCUUCGAGAAAAGAGACAGACUAAGGAUCCACAUUUUGCACGUGCACGAGAAACAUCGGCCCCACAAGUGUUCGGUGUGUGGAAAGAGUUUCUCCCAGUCGUCCAGUCUCAACAAACACAUGCGCGUGCACUCAGGAGAGAGACCAUACAAGUGUGUCUACUGUAACAAGGCCUUCACUGCCUCCAGCAUCCUCCGCACACACAUCCGCCAGCACUCCGGUGAGCGGCCCUUCAAGUGUAAGCACUGCGGGAAGGCCUUCGCCUCUCACGCCGCCCACGACAGCCACGUCCGCCGGACUCACGCCAAGGACAAGCCGUAUCCGUGUGAGCUGUGCGGGGCUACUUUUCAGGAGGAGCAGGAGCUUCAGUACCACAUGAAAAGUCACAAAAAGAUCUUGGACAGCACAGUUAUCCAGUCUUCUCCAAGCAGAGGGUUACAAGAGGACUCCAUGUUUGCUGUAAAAGACAAUCCAAAAGUACAGAAAAACUUUCCUUACUCUGGAUUAACUGUUAUAAAUCCUGAAUAUCGGCCCUGGAACUAGACGAAAAAACUG